GCGACUCUUUUACCCCCUCCUUUUUUAGACCAUUUAGUCGGGGGCAGACUCCGAUUCUUUUCUCAUGUGUGGUCAGGCAUAACCUCAGACCAAUGGGUCCUUUCUACUGUGCAGGGGUUCACAAUAGAUCUGAUUGCCGAUCCGAGCUCCAUCCCAGCCCCCCCUACGGUACCACUGUCCUAUGCGGCACGGUCCCAAUUUCAGAGGGAAUUGUCGGAUCUUCUGCAGAAAGGCGCGAUCGAACGCGCACCGGAGAAUCGUGGGGGUGUCAUCAGCAGUAUUUUCCUGGUGCAAAAGAACAAUUUUGUACAAUACCGACAUUUCAAGAUGGAGGGCAUCCAUCUUUUGAGGGAUCUGCUCCUUCCAGGCGAUUGGUUGGCCAAGAUAGAUCUCCAAGACGCCUAUCUCACGGUCCCAGUGUCCCCCUCUUCAAGAGACCUGCGGCGGUUCCUGUGGAACGGUCAGGCCUGGCGCUUCACCUGCCUUCCGUUCGGCCUGUCCUCCGCCCCCUGGUGCUUUACCAAGAUCAUGCGCCCAGUGGUGGCUUGGCUUCGCAGCAGAGGUGUUCGUCUGAUCGUCUACCUGGACGAUAUCUUGAUCAUGGCCCAAUCACGGGCUCUCUUGUUGAGACACCUCCACUUGACGGUGACGCUCGUUUCCGACUUGGGGUUCAUUGUCAACCAGGAGAAAUCCUGUUUGACCCCCUCCAGAUCCAUAGAGUUCUUGGGUUUCCAGGUGAACUCGGAAGAAUUAUCCCUCAGUCUUCCACUCUCGAAAGUCAAGGCUAUCCGCAAGGAGUUGAAGCAUGCUCUACGCCUACCUCAGAUGUCGUUGCGGCAUUUGGCAAGGAUAAUCGGACUUCUGGCCUCCUCAAUACAGGCCAUUUUCCCAGCCCCCCUCCAUUAUCGUGCGUUGCAGCGCCUCAAAAUUGCUCACCUUCGGUCGGGGGCCUCUUACGCAGAUUUGGUCUCAUUAGAUGCCGAGACGACGGACGAGAUGAGAUGGUGGAUCCACAACCUGUCAGUGUGGAAUGGCAGAGCGAUCGUGGGUCCCCAACCGGAUCUGAUCAUAGAAUCCGAUGCGAGCCUGCACGGAUGGGGAGCACAUUGCAGUGGUGUGUCCACGGGCGGUCCAUGGUCUCCAGAAGAAUCCCAUCUUCACAUCAACGCCCUGGAACUCCUAGCAGGGUCGUUUGCCAUUCGCAGUUUUGCCAAUGGUGUGGUCAGCUCAGCCAUCAGGCUCCGCAUGGACAAUAUAUCUGCGGUCAGGUACGUCAAUUGUAUGGGUGGCACACGGUCGGUGGUUCUGACCCAUUUGGCGAAGGAUUUUUGGGAAUUCUGUCUCGACAGGAACAUCUCUGUGGUGGCCGAGUACCUUCCAGGCCUUCACAACACUCUGGCGGACUGGAGUUCUCGCUACAUAUCGGACUCCAGCGACUGGAAGUUAGACGAGACGGUUUUUUCUGCUAUUUCUUCUCUGUGGGGUCCCUUUGCAGUCGACCUCUUCGCUUCCCGUUUGAAUACCCAACUGCCCAGGUUUUUCAGCUGGAGGCCGGAUCCCUUGGCGGAGGCAGUGGACGCUCUGCUUCAACAUUGGGGAGGAGCGUUGAUGUACGCAUUCCCUCCCUUCGCGCUCAUUCCACGAGUGCUCCUUCAGGUUCGUCAGCAGUUGGCGAACCUGGUUCUGAUUGUUCCGUUUUGGAGGACCCAGUCCUGGUUCCCUCAGAUCCUGGAACUUCUAGUGGACUUUCCGUUUCUCCUUCCCACUCAGGUGUCACUACUCCAAGGGCCUGCAGGAGAAGUUCACCCACUCCUGCAGAACGGGUCGCUACGCCUCCUAGCUUGCAAGAUAUCGGGAGUCCAGGAGGAGGCGCUGGACUUUCAGGAACAGCUAGGUUCUUAUUGGACUGCGCUUGGGCGCCCGGGACGAGACGGGCUUAUCGAGCCGCCUGGGGUUCUUGGUCUCGCUGGUGCGUCGACCGGACUCUGGAUCCCGUUACGGCCCCUGUCAAUUCCAUCUUAGCCUUUUUAUCCUCACUUUUUGAGGCAGGGAAGGCUUACCGCACCAUCAAUGUCUUUAGGUCAGCAAUUUCCUCCAGACACAACGGUGUCGACGGCCGUCCAGCGGGUCAACACCCCCUGGUCUGUCGUUUACUCAAGGGUUCACGUUUGGCCCGACCACCUCGGCCAUGGUUUUCGUCUACCUGGGAUGUGUCGGAUGUCUUGCAAUUUCUAGUCAGUUGGCCCUCAAAUGAGCUAUUGUCGUUACGUCAGUUAUCGGCCAAAUUGGUCACUUUAUUCUGUUUAAUCUCCUGUAAGAGAGUUUCGGAUGUGCGUGCUUUGGAUUGGGACGCCAGAUCCUUCACCCCGGAGGGGGUCCACUUUAACAUUUCCCGUCGCACGAAAACCAGUAUCCGGUCGGUCUCUUACCCCCGUUUUCCGACUUCUCCACAGCUAUGUCCUGUAGCGUGCUUACGCGAGUAUGAGGACAGAACCCGUCCACUGCGGUCUCUUUCUCUCCCCCACUUAUUCAUUUCGUUUCGCAGCCCGUUUGCUCCGGUUACCAGUGUUACGUUAUCUCGCUGGGUCAAGUGGAUUCUAUCCCUUUCCGGGAUUGAUACGUCUAUCUUCACGGCACAUUCGGUCCGCAGUGCGACAGCUACGUCCAUGACGUUAUCUGGGGCUCGUUUGGAGGAUGUUAUGAGACUGGCGGAUUGGUCCAGAUCUUCCACUUUCCGGGAGUUUUAUUUCCGACCGGCUUCGCAUGCUUUUGAUUCUAUAGUGGCUCAGCUUUAAACAAGCAAUAGGAGCCUCCGUGUCUUGUUAUAAAAUUAUGGGAUUUUACUAAAGUAUGACGUAAAGUCAUGAUUUUAUUAAAGACACGGAGGCGAGUAUUGCCCUCCCUGGACCCACCCCUUGGGGUUUUUGACGUAAGUAUGUUUUGUUGAUUUACCGUAUGGUCAGAAUUUUAAAGUUGUUACUGUGUUUCCAACUAGUGGAUCCUAUGUUUCUAAUGCACUGGAUUAUGCUCUUAGAAGGUUUUUCUCUUAUUUCCUUUUUUCCUAGGUUGAGAGGCUUACGGCUUCAUGUUUUAGAGUUACACAGUUCCGGUCGGAGGUCCAGUUGUGGCGGUCCAAGCCGACGAGUUCAAGGGUUUUUUUCGUUACCCGGUGGUUUCGGCGUCUGUUGUUCCGGUUGACCAGCGCUGUUUGAGACACAAAGAAAGAGGAAGAGCUCAGACAGACAAGGAAGGAUAUACUGGGAUAAGGGGGAGGAGUCUGUUACCAUGGUUUCUUUUUUGUAUACCAUUUUCUCUCUUUGCUGCUAUGGUAGAAGUAAA